AUGAGGCUCUUACUUCUAAAGCUGUUUCUCUUUACAAACUUUGCUAUAUUACUAACCUCAUUAGUGGAUUCAGCACCUGCACCCUCACUUUCUCCACAACCUUCGCUACCACCACCUAUUUUGCCACCUACUCCACCACCUUCGCUACAACCACCUACUUUGCCACCUACUCCACCACCUUCGCUACCACCUCCUAUUUUGCCACCUACUCCACCACCUUCGCUACAACCACCUACUCCACCACCUUCGCCACCACCACCUACUCUGUCACCUACUUCCCCACCUUCGCCGCCACCACCACCUACUCCACACUCACCAGUAGUAGGAGUUCCACCAUCCGCUCCUCCUCCUCCGUCGUCUACAGGAGGAGGAGGGGGGCUAAGCGGUGGAAAGAAGGCGGGGAUAGUGAUAGGAGUGUUGGCAGCAGCGGGGCUGGUGACCUUUGGUGGCUUGGUUUACAAGAAACGUCGUGCUAACAUGAGAAGAGGCCGGUUGGGAAAUGCAGCCAGGAGACCUGUUCUUUAA